AGCUAAUACUAUAAUGACAUACUUAUUUUCGUUUUGAAAGCCAUAGCAUCAACAUAAAGAGGAAUUAAUAAAAAAUGUCGCCUGCCGACGUAGAGAGUGCAUCACCAAAUAAUACAGAAUUCGAAGAUGACUCCAUGCGAAGAAAAUUCAUCAAGAAAGUUUACAUGAUAUUGGCCGCUCAGUUAUUGCUCACUCUUGGACUUGUCAGUUUCUUUGUGACCUCCGAUGCAUUUCUUGACUAUGUCGAAGAGAAUCCCUUUUUACUCUUGGUGGCUAUGGUGGUCCUAUUUGUAACCAUGAUAAUAUUGGCCUGCUGUUCUAUCGUUCGGCGAAAGGCGCCUAUGAACUAUAUGUGUUUGGCCAUCUUUACUUUCGCCCAAUCCUUUCUGCUGGGCGUUGUCGGUGCACGAUAUGAUGCCAGGUCCAUUCUACUAACGGUGGCAUUGACUGCACUUAUUUGUAUUGUUCUCUCACUGUACGCCAUGCAGACCAAAGUUGAUUUUACCAUGAUGGGAGGUUUCCUUUUGGUUUGCCUCAUAGUCGGUUUGGUCUUUGGCAUUCUGAUGAUAUUCUUCUAUAGUGAUGUAAUGAUGAUGAUCUAUUGUUCCUUGGGUGUGGUUCUGUAUUCGAUAUUUUUGAUUUACGAUACCCAACUGAUGGUGGGUGGCAACCACGCGUAUUCUAUUAGUCCGGAUGAGCAUAUAUUUGCUGCUCUAAAUCUUUACGUGGAUAUUAUACAAAUCUUUCUGUGUCUGCUUCAUUUAACGGGUAGUGAUAAUUAAAAGGGAGAGAGAUGUAUGAAGGAGUUGAAUGUAAAAAUGUACAUAUUUCAUAAAAUUAUUAUUUUAUUUAGUCCAAGGACUGUUUAUAAAUCAAUUUCAAUUAUUUA